UCGUCUUAAUGAAUUCAACUGGGAGUGCAUUGGCCCUGAUGCCCACCCCUUCAGAGAGAGGUCCAGUGCUCUUGCAUAUAUCUGCAGGGCUGCUGCAUGUUUUCCAUUGUUCCAUCAGCUUCUGUCACUAACACAUCCUCUGAAAGGGAGUGUGGGAGAAAGCUAAGCCAGCCAGGAGGUGGGAAACACUUGAGCGGCACAGGUGCCUUGAUGCAAAAGGAGCUGCGUUGUGUCCGUGUGCCUGUGUUUUUGAAAAGUGAAACUUCUUGAAGCUGUCAGAAAAUUUGUUUUUCUAUUGGAAGACUCACCUGUGGAAAGGUGAAGUGGAAUCAUGGGUGUGAUGUCACUGCUGCUGUUGAUGGUGAUUGGCUGGUGUGGUGGGGCGCCACCAUUGAGAGAGGUGUACAGAAUGCCACAAAGCGCACUUAAAGCUCUGUCUGAUAGAGGAACAGUAGUGAUGGAGGCCGCUCUAUCCCAUGCUCUGUCUGCCAUAGAUGCUGCCGUAUCGGACCGCAACAAGGCCGAAGCAGGCUGCAGAGGGUGUGUGCCCUGUCUGUUUCAGGACUGUGGACAGCGAAAAGGCGCUUGUGCUUCUCCAGAGGACACACAGUCAGAGCCGAAUUGUCAGGUCAUCUCUCGUGCUCAAGAGGAAGUUGAUGAAGGAGAGAGGAGUUGGUUGCUGAGUCAGGCCUGUGGCUUCUACAAACGCCGUUGCACACCUGCACAAGUGAACAAAGACCUGUGCGUCAGAGUUAUGGGAGAGAGCUGCAGCGCUCGUGUCCUGCAGUGCAGUCUGCUCAACACCAUGCAGAACUUAGAGCCGGCCACAAAGACCACAGCACAGGCUGUGUGUGGUCAGCGUUUCUCUGUCUCGCAAAACCUGACACAGCCUCGCUCUCGUAUCAUGGGGGGAUCUCCUGCCCCUCUGGGCAGCUGGCCAUGGCUGGUGAACCUUCGGCUGGAUGGGGCUCUGAUGUGUGGUGGUGUGCUGGUUGACAGCUCUUGGGUCCUCACUGCCGCCCACUGCUUUGCUGGGAGCCGCAGUGAGAGUUACUGGACAGCAGUAGUGGGAGAGUUUGACCUCACAAAAACUGACCCUGAUGAGCAGAUCAUGAAAGUCAAUCGCAUCAUCACUCAUCCGAAGGUACACACAUAUAUAUCUAUACAUAUAUAUAUAUACAUAUAUGUAUUUUUUAUUUUUUUAUUUUAAAUAUGUCCCUCCUGUAUCCAAUCCUUUUCUCUUGG